AAAAACUUCUGGGAAAAUCAGAAAAUCUAGAUCAUCGAUACCAAAGUUCAGAGCAAAAAGUUUUAAUUGAAUGGACAGAAAACGUGGAAGUAUAGUUCCUGCAAUUCAUAAAGCAGUUGCAGAAAGUCUUCGAGCGAACAGUGUUACUGUAGAAGAAAAUGAGAGUGAAAGAGAGACAGAGACACAGACAAAAAGGAGAAGAAAGAAGCAAAGAAGCACUAGUUCUGACAAAGCCCCCUUGAACUCAGCUCCAAGACAUGUUCAGAAGUUUGAUUGGAAGGAUAUGCUCCAUUUGGCAGACAUAUCUGGAAGAAAACGCGGAAACUCGACAACAAGCCAUUCUGGACACGCAACUAGAGCUGGUUCUUUGAAGGGAAAAAACUGGAUAGAAUGUCGUCUUAAAAUGAGACAAUGUUCAUAUUUUGUCCCAUCGCAACGAUUUUCGGAACGAUGUGGAUGUGGUAAGGAAAGAUCAAAGCAUACAGAAGAAGUAUUGGAAAGAAGUCAGAAUAAAAAUCAUCCAUUAAAUCAUUUAACUCUUCCUGGUAUUCAUGAAGUAGAUACAACGGAUGCAGAUGCAGAUGAUAAUGAGGUAAACUUAACUCCUGGUCGUUGGUCAAUUCAAUCACACACAGAAAUUGUACCAACUGAUGCAUAUGGAAAUAUUGUAUUCGAAGGAACUGCUCACCACGCACAAUAUGCUCGAAUAAGUUUUGAUUCGGAUCCAAGAGAUAUUGUUCAUUUAAUGAUGAAAGUUUGGAAACUUAAACCUCCAAAAUUGAUUAUCACCAUAAACGGCGGACUAACAAAGUUUGAUCUGCAACCGAAAUUGGCACGAACGUUCCGAAAAGGAAUCAUGAAGAUUGCAAAGUCAACUGAUGCAUGGAUUAUUACUUCUGGGUUGGAUGAAGGAGUUGUAAAGCAUUUGGAUUCAGCAUUACAUGACCAUGGAAACCAUACAUCAAAGAAUCACGUGGUAGCUAUUGGAAUAGCUUCGUGGGGAAUGUUGAAACAGAGAAGUCGAUUUGUUGGAAAAGAUUCAACAGUAACAUAUGCAACAAAUGUGUUCAAUAACACAAGAUUGAAAGAACUCAAUGAUAAUCAUUCGUACUUUUUGUUUUCCGACAAUGGAACCGUCAACCGAUAUGGUGCUGAAAUCAUAAUGCGAAAACGAUUGGAAGCAUAUUUAGCUCAAGGCGACAAAAAGAGAAGUGCAAUUCCAUUAGUUUGUGUUGUACUGGAGGGAGGAGCAUUCACUAUCAAAAUGGUUCAUGAUUAUGUAACAACUAUUCCCCGUAUACCCGUAAUUGUUUGUGAUGGAAGUGGUCGAGCAGCAGAUAUUCUGGCUUUUGCUCAUCAAGCUGUGUCACAAAAUGGAUUUUUAUCCGACAAUAUCAGAAAUCAGUUGGUAAACAUUGUUCGAAGAAUAUUUGGAUAUGAUCCGAAAACAGCUCAGAAAUUAAUCAAGCAGAUUGUUGAAUGCUCUACAAACAAGUCUUUGAUGACAAUUUUUCGUUUGGGUGAAUCAUCGAGAGAAGAUUUGGAUCACGUAAUCAUGUCAUGUCUUUUAAAAGGUCAAAACCUAUCACCACCAGAACAACUUCAACUGGCUCUUGCUUGGAACAGAGCUGACAUUGCUAGAACUGAAAUCUUCGCAAAUGGAACUGAAUGGACUACUCAAGACUUGCACAAUGCAAUGAUUGAAGCACUUUCCAAUGAUCGUAUCGAUUUCGUACAUUUACUUCUUGAGAACGGAGUUUCUAUGCAAAAGUUUUUAACUUACGGAAGGCUGGAGCAUCUCUAUAACACUGACAAAGGACCUCAAAAUACUCUGAGAACUAAUCUGUUAGUUGACUCAAAACAUCACAUAAAACUUGUCGAAGUUGGAAGAUUAGUCGAGAACUUGAUGGGAAAUCUAUACAAAUCGAAUUACACAAAGGAAGAAUUCAAAAAUCAAUAUUUUUUGUUCAACAAUAGAAAGCAGUUUGGAAAACGUGUUCACAGUAAUAGUAAUGGAGGAAGGAAUGAUGUCAUUGGACCAUCUGGUGAUGCAGGAAGAGAACGAAUGUCUUCAAUGCAAAUUAGUUUAAUCAAUAAUGCUCGUAAUUCUAUUAUCUCAUUAUUCAAUGGAGGUGGAAGGAAACGGGAGUCAGACGAUGAAGAUGAUUUCUCAAAUCUUGAGGAAGAAGCCAACAUGGAUUUUACUUUCCGUUAUCCAUACAGUGACCUAAUGAUUUGGGCAGUCCUUACAAAGAGACAAAAAAUGGCAAAAUUGAUGUGGACUCAUGGAGAAGAAGGAAUGGCUAAAGCAUUAGUAGCGAGCCGUUUAUACGUAUCACUUGCCAAAACAGCUUCAUUAGCAACUGGAGAAAUUGGAAUGAGCCAGGAUUUUACAGAAUUCAGCGAUGAAUUUUCCGAAUUGGCUGUAGAGGUUCUUGAAUACUGCACCAAACAUGGACGUGAUCAGACACUUCGCCUAUUAACAUGUGAACUCGCAAAUUGGGGAGAUGAGACAUGUCUUUCUCUGGCUGCAAAUAACGGUCAUCGGAAGUUUUUAGCUCAUCCUUGUUGUCAAAUGCUUCUUUCUGAUCUUUGGCAGGGCGGUCUACUCAUGAAAAAUAAUCAAAACUCGAAAGUACUUACGUGCUUAGCAGCUCCACCUCUGAUUUUUCUACUCGGUUUCAAAACAAAGGAACAAUUAAUGCUCCAACCAAAAACAGCAGCUGAACACGACGAAGAAAUGUCUGAUUCUGAAAUGAACAGCGCUGAGGAUACAGACACUUCAUCAGAUAGUUCAAGUGAUUCUGAUGAUUCUGAUGAGGAGGAUGCUAAAUUAAGAGCACAGAGCUUAAGUGCAGAUCAACCUUUGAGUAUUCAUAGGUUAGUCCGCGAUAAGUUGAACUUCUCUGAAAAGAAGAAACCAGACAUGGGUAUCAGUAGAAUUGUGGUUGCACCUCCGAUUGUUACGGGAAGGAAUCGUGCAAGAACUAUGUCUAUCAAAAAAUCGAAAAAGAACGUGAUUAAGCCACCAGCAUGUCUGAAAAUUGAAACAUCAGACGACGAUGAGCAGGAGCAAAAGAAGGCCACGGAAAUGUACAUCAACAGAACAGGAAAACGUGGAUCUGUGGCAGUGGCAAUGAAUCACGAUGAUAUGUAUAUUGAUCCAAGUGAAGAACUUGACACACAAACAAGACAAAAAUCAUCUCGAGAGUUCUCCUCAUCUAGAAAUGUAACUGUUCAAGUUUAUACGCAACGGCCAUUAUCAUGGAAAAAGAAAAUAAUGGAGUUUUACAAGGCUCCGAUCACCACUUAUUGGCUAUGGUUUUUUGCAUUUAUUUGGUUUUUGAUUUUAUUGACUUACAAUUUGCUGGUUAAAACUCAAAGAAUCGCAAGCUGGUCGGAAUGGUAUGUAUUUGCUUAUAUUUUUGUGUGGACUCUGGAAAUAGGUCGGAAAGUUGUAUCAACUAUAAUGAUGGACACCUCAAAACCUGUAUUAAAACAACUUCGAGUGUUCUUCUUUCAAUAUCGGAAUGGAUUACUUGCAUUUGGACUGUUAACUUAUUUAAUUGCGUAUUUUAUUCGAUUGAGCCCCACUACAAAAACUCUUGGAAGAAUCCUGAUAAUUUGUAAUUCGGUAAUUUGGUCUCUAAAGUUAGUGGACUAUCUAUCCGUUCAACAAGGACUUGGACCAUAUAUCAAUAUUGUCGCAGAAAUGAUUCCCACGAUGAUCCCUCUUUGCGUGCUUGUUUUCAUCACUUUGUACGCAUUUGGAUUACUUCGUCAAAGUAUAACAUACCCCUACGAAGAUUGGCACUGGAUUCUUGUCAGAAAUAUUUUCUUACAACCAUAUUUCAUGCUUUACGGAGAAGUUUAUGCAGCUGAAAUUGAUACUUGUGGAGAUGAAAUCUGGCAGACUCACGAAGAUGAGAAUAUUCCGAUUAGCAUGUUAAAUGUUACACAUGAGACAUGUGUUCCCGGUUACUGGAUUGCUCCAGUUGGUCUGACCGUUUUCAUGUUAGCUACCAAUGUCCUUUUGAUGAAUGUAAUGGUUGCCGGAUGUACUUAUAUUUUUGAGAAACAUAUUCAAUCAACUCGUGAAAUCUUUCUAUUUGAGCGAUACGGACAAGUUAUGGAAUAUGAAUCGACACCAUGGCUUCCACCUCCAUUUACAAUCAUUUAUCAUGUCAUUUGGCUGUUCAAGCUAAUCAAGUCCAGUAGUCGGAUGUUCGAGAGAAAAAAUCUUUUUGAUCAAAGUUUGAAACUGUUCCUGUCACCUGAUGAAAUGGAAAAAGUUCAUACAUUUGAAGAGGAAAGUGUAGAAGAUAUGAAACGAGAAACAGAAAAGAAGAAUUUAAGUUCAAAUGACGAAAGAAUUCAUCGAACAGCAGAAAGAACCGAUGCAAUUUUAAAUAGAGUUUCUCAUUUAACCCAAUUGGAAUUCACGCUGAAAGAAGAAAUCAGAGAAUUGGAACAUAAAAUGAAAAAUAUGGAUUCGAGACAUAAAGAACAAAUGAAUUUAAUGUUGGAUAUGAACAAAAAACUAGGGAAGUUUAUUAGUGGAAAGUACAAACGUGGAUCAUUCGGAGGAAGUGGAAGUGAUGGAGGUGGUGGAUCAUCGGAUAACUCCAAAUUAGAACCAAAUAAUAGUGUUCCAAUGAUAACAGUAGAUGGUCCUAGUCCAAUCGGCUCUAGAAGAACAUCGGGACAGUAUCUGAAGAGAGAUUCAUUGCAAGCAAAAAAGAAAAUAACUGAAAAUCGAAGAUCUUCUUUAGAGCAACCAAAGAUUCCAUCAAUUCAGUUCAAUCUCAUGGAAGAUCAAGAUGAAUCAGCUGCUGAGUCAGCAACGGAAGAAGUUUCGAUAAGCAUUCCUGUUCCACAAAUGAGAGUUCGUCAAGUCACAGAAAGUGAUAAGUCUGAUUUAUCGGAAGAUGAUUUGAUCACAAGAGAAGAUGCACCACCUACUAGUAUUAAUUUGCCACGUGGCCCGCGUCGACAUGCUCUCUACUCAACCAUUGCAGAUGCAAUUGAAACUGAAGAUGAUUUUUAUGCUGACAGUCCAGUUCCAAUGCCAAUGACACCAGUUCAGCCAGCGGAUGGGUCUUUUUUUGGGGAAAAUGACUCGAGAUAUCAAAGAGAUGAUAGUGACUAUGAAUAAACAUGAGCCCUAAUAAUUUUUAAUGCUUUUAAUUUAAUUAAAUUUUCUAUUAGUGGGGACUAUUUUGCCAUGUAUAUAAUGAUGAUUUCAAUGACAGAAAUAUAAACUGGUUCUUUUGUC